GAGCGUGGCGGAGCCGAGCGCCGGCAGCGGCGGGAAGGCGGGAGCGGCGCUGCCCGGUGCCCGCCCCGCGCGGGGGGCCGGCCCUGAGUGCAUGCGGGGCGCCCCGCCGGGCCGCCGCCGGGCCGCCGCCCGCCGCCCCUGAGACACCGGCGGCGAGAAAGUUGCGGCGGUCGCCCACAUGCGCGGCCGCGGCCGGCGGCUUGGGGAACGGCGCCGAGCGGAGGUGGGCGAAGAGAGUUUGAAGCGCUCGCCGGCGGGAAGAUGGCGGAGCGGAGCUGAGAGCGGCGCCCGGCGAGCUCGGGCUGCCCCCGCCUUCCUCCGCAGCCCCCCGGACCCCCGCCGGACACAUGCAGGCCAAAAAACGCUACCUGACGCUGCUCUCUGCCGGCACCUGUCUUGCCCUGCUGCUCUACCUGGGAGGCGUGCGGCUGCGGGCGGCCCGGCACCCGCCGCCCGGUAGCCGGCAUGGCCCGCGCCCCGGCGGCGCCGAGCGGCCCUGGCCCCGCUUCCCCGACGCCCUGCGGCCCUUCGCGCCCGCCGAGCGCCCGGGCCCCGAGGGCGGCGGGCGCGUCUCCCCCCGUCAGCGGCGGGACUCCAGCGCCGGCCUCUACCGCGGGCGCCGCUGCCGCAUGGAGUCCUGCUUCGACUUCGCCCAGUGCCGGAAAAACGGCUUCAAGGUCUACGUGUACCCGCAGCAGAAGGGGGAGAAGAUCGCUGAGAGCUACCAAAACGUCCUGGCCGCUAUCGAGGGCUCCCGGUUCUACACCUCGGACCCCGGGCAGGCCUGCCUCUUCGUCCUCAGCCUGGACACGCUGGACCGAGACCAGCUCUCGCCCCAGUAUGUGCACAACCUCCGCUCCAAGGUGCAGAGCCUCCACCUGUGGAACAACGGCAGAAACCACCUAAUUUUUAAUUUAUACUCUGGUACCUGGCCCGACUACACUGAGGAUGUGGGAUUCGACAUUGGCCAGGCUAUGCUGGCCAAAGCCAGCAUCAGUACUGAAAACUUCAGACCCAACUUUGACGUUUCUAUCCCGCUCUUUUCUAAGGAUCAUCCUAGGACAGGAGGGGAGAAGGGAUUUUUGAGGUUUAACACCAUCCCUCCUCUCAGGAAGUACAUGUUGGUAUUCAAGGGGAAAAGGUACCUGACGGGGAUAGGGUCAGACACCAGGAAUGCCUUAUAUCACGUCCAUAACGGAGAGGAUGUUGUCCUCCUGACCACCUGCAAGCAUGGCAAAGACUGGCAAAAGCACAAGGAUUCGCGCUGCGAUCGAGACAACGCCGAAUACGAAAAGUAUGAUUACCGUGAAAUGCUGCACAAUGCCACUUUCUGUCUGGUUCCCCGUGGCCGCAGGCUUGGCUCUUUCAGGUUUUUGGAAGCUUUGCAGGCUGCCUGCGUCCCGGUCAUGCUCAGCAACGGAUGGGAGUUGCCGUUCUCGGAAGUGAUUGACUGGAACCAAGCUGCCAUCAUAGGCGAUGAGAGAUUGUUAUUACAGAUUCCUUCUACAAUCAGGUCUAUCCAUCAGGAUAAAAUCCUAGCACUUAGACAGCAGACACAGUUCUUGUGGGAGGCUUAUUUUUCUUCAGUUGAGAAGAUUGUAUUGACUACACUAGAGAUUAUUCAGGACAGAAUAUUUAAGCACAUAUCACGUAACAGCUUAAUAUGGAACAAACAUCCUGGAGGGUUAUUUGUACUGCCACAGUAUUCCUCAUAUCUGGGAGAUUUUCCUUACUACUAUGCUAAUCUUGGUCUGAAGCCUCUUUCCACAUUCACUGCCGUUAUCCAUGCAGUAACUCCCCUGGUUUCCCAGUCUCAGCCUGUGCUGAAACUCCUGGUUGCUGUAGCCAAGUCCCAGUACUGUGCACAGAUUAUUGUUUUAUGGAAUUGUGAUAAACCCCUCCCAGCCAAACACCGCUGGCCUGCCACUUCUGUGCCUGUCAUAGUCAUUGAAGGAGAAAGCAAGGUUAUGAGCAGUCGCUUCCUACCCUACGACAACAUAGUGACAGAUGCAGUGCUAAGCCUGGAUGAGGACACCGUGCUUUCAACCACUGAGGUGGAUUUUGCCUUUACAGUUUGGCAGAGCUUUCCAGAGAGGAUUGUAGGGUAUCCUGCACGCAGUCACUUCUGGGACAACACUAAGGAAAGGUGGGGGUAUACCUCCAAAUGGACUAAUGACUAUUCCAUGGUAUUGACAGGAGCUGCUAUUUACCACAAAUAUUAUCACUACCUGUACACUCAUUACCUGCCUGCCAGCCUAAAGAACAUGGUGGACCAACUGGCCAAUUGUGAGGACAUUCUAAUGAAUUUUUUGGUGUCAGCCGUGACAAAAUUGCCUCCAAUCAAAGUAACACAGAAAAAACAGUAUAAGGAGACCAUGAUGGGACAGACAUCCCGGGCCUCGCGCUGGGCCGACCCUGACCACUUUGCCCAGCGGCAGAGCUGCAUGAACACUUUUGCCAGCUGGUUUGGCUAUAUGCCGCUGAUCCACUCGCAGAUGAGGCUCGACCCUGUCCUCUUUAAAGACCAGGUCUCCAUCCUGAGGAAGAAGUACCGAGACAUUGAACGACUCUGAGGACGCUGCUGAGGGGGCCGAGCCGCCCUCGCCCGUGUGGGAGCCAGACUGUGCCACCGACAGCGAGCGCCCGACCCCGCCAGCCGCCUCCCGGUGCCGGGGCCCGCGGCUCCGACUGCGCCGAACCGCCGGCAGGCUGCUGUCGCUGAGACUAGGUCGUGUACAGUUUCAUUAUGGAACAUUAAAUAAUUAUUUUUGAAAUGAUUGCUAUGCAGGUUUAAACUUUUUUAAUGAUCAAAAAAAAAAAAAACCCUAUUAAAAACAGAGUUCUUUCUUUAAUCAAAA